CAUGGUACUAGCUUUUUCGUCACUAACAUCACAAUCGGAACUCCACCACAGUUGUUUUCCGUGAUAGUCGACACUGGUUCAGCCAACUUCUGGAUCCCAGACAGCUCAUGUAGGAGCUGCCAAGGAAAGAGACUAUUCAACAGUAACGCCUCAUCAUCCUAUGUGAUAGGUCAACAAACUUGGAUGACCAGCAAUCAUUUUGGAAUUGCGGAAGGUUUCUUUGGCAAAGACACUAUCCGACUUGCUAUGGAUGCUGCCGACAUGAUCGUGAUCCCAAACACUGACAUCGGCCAAGCUCUCGAAGUCCCAGCUUCUGUAGCUUCCGUAGACGGUGUUGACGGCGUCCUAGGCCUUGCUUUCCAGUCGAUAGCUGACGGUCACGCUCUACCUCCAAUAGCUAGAGGAAUUCAACAAGGUGACAUCGCUGACUCUCUUUUCUCAAUUUGGUUAGAAGAGCUCUGGCAGACAUCUGAUAACGGUACCGCUGGUGUGAUUUACUAUGGAGGUAUGCGACUAUGUCGUGACAAUAUCAUGACUAAAUAUAUGUGA